GUAACUGACGCUUGCACGCAUGCGCGCUGCGGAGCAGCAGUACAUUAGAGUGAUCAUGGCUCUGUGUGGAAGAGCCCUGCAGAAGCGUUUGGCUUUCAGUCGUAAUAUUCUCAAACCAACUGCGGUUUGCCACAAACGACAAAUAUCGGAAAGCUCAUCUCCUAAAUCUAAGGCCUCCGUCCAGACAGUUGACCAUGUUCUCUACACGCAAGAGCACUUUGCCCUGAAGGACUCACUGAGAAAGAUCAUUGAUCAGGAGAUCAAUCCUUAUGUGGACAAAUGGGAGGAGGAGGGCCAGUUCCCAGCUCACAAGAUCUUCAAGAUCCUAGGAAGUGCUGGAUUUUUGGGAGUCAACAAACCUGUGGAAUAUGGAGGUCUGGGACUGGACUUCAGCUACAGUGUGGCUGUGGCAGAAGAGCUGGGGAACAUCAACUGUGGAGGUAUUCCAAUGGCCAUCGGGGUUCAGAGUGAUAUGGCUACCCCCGCGCUAGCCAGGUUUGGAUCUGCAGAGCUAAAAAAAGAGUUCUUGCUGCCCUCCAUAAUGGGAGACAGAGUGGCAUGUCUGGGAGUGAGUGAAAUAGGCGCUGGCUCUGAUGUGGCGAGCAUAAAGACUAAGGCUGUGCGAAAAGGAGAUGAGUUUAUCAUUAACGGGGGAAAGAUGUGGACUACUAAUGGAGCACAAGCAGACUGGAUGUGUCUCCUGGCCAACACCAGUGAUGGGCCUCCACACAAGAACAAGUCCCUCAUCUGUUUACCCAUGGAUCUACCUGGAAUUCAAAUUGCUCGUAAGAUUGAUAAGCUGGGCAUGAGGUCGUCAGACACAGUAGAGGUGUUCUUCGAUGAUGUCCGGGUCCCCUGUAAAAACGUCAUUGGGCAAGAGGGAAUGGGCUUCACGUACCAAAUGCUCCAAUUCCAGGAAGAGCGGCUUUGGGGAGUGGCAAAUAUUCUGACGACAAUGGAAAAUGUGGUGCAGGAGACGAUUAACUACACUCGGCAGAGGAAAAUCUUCCACCAGCCGGUGCUGUAUCACCAGGUUGUGCAUUUCAGGCUGGCAGAGCUGCAGACUGAGAUUGAGCUACUGCGCUCCCUCCUAUACCGCUGCACAGCUCUCUACAUUAAAGGCAACGAUGUGACAAAGUUGGCAUCCAUGGCAAAGCUGAAGGCAGGCCGUCUAGCCAGAGAGUUAGGGGACAGUUGCCUGCAGUACUGGGGAGGAAUGGGCUUCACCAGUGACGUGCUGGUCAGCAGAUUCUAUAGGGACUCCAGACUGAUGUCAAUCGGGGCAGGCGCCGAUGAGGUCAUGCUCUCAAUCAUCUGCAAGUACAUGGACACCCUACCCAAAAAAUGACACCAAUGGUACAUCUGUGUUGAUGAUAACGAAGUGCACUUAAAAUAGCUUAGAAAACUAAAUUAAUAUAGUUUAAAAAACUUGUGAAGACUAUUCAAUUUAAAAUUGAAAGAACAUGAAUUUAUAACCUGUUGCCUUGAUAAGCUUGUCUGACAAGCUUGUACAUAUGUUAAUUGUGAUUACUGUAGUCUGUCAUGUAAACCUUGUACUUAUUGUAUUAAGCCAUUUAUGCCAUGUAUAAACUGAAGCUGGUCAAUGAGCCUUUAUUUUAAAGAAAAAAAAAAUCAACUUCUGUGAUCAUGUUUUUCCCUUCUAGAAAAGGGAAAUGUUCUUCUGACCUCAGAACAGUACUCACACAAACCAUUAAAAGCUUUUUAAUUUCUAGCAGA